UGAAAUGCAAAUGCAACUGUAACUGCAGCUCCACCUGCUAACGCUCCUCCUCCCUUUCAUUACAAGUCCCACAUAUACCUCUACAUACAUAUAUAUAUAUAUAUAUAUAUUUAUAUAUAAUUAAUAAUCUUAAUUUAUUAUUCUAUACAUAUAUAUUUUAUAUAUCAUACAUCGCCGGCGUGUCUAUGGCGUCGUCUGUCGGCAGUAAAAAACCUCUGCUCUAUUCCGAUCAAUUCAAAACCCAUAGCCACACGACCUCCACCUCCACUUCUAGAAGCUCCUCUAUUUGCUUCGGCUCCACCACGCCGGAUUUCGGCUCGUCGGCAGACGCCGGCGGCGAGUUCGCCGCCGAAUUAGCUCGCCAAAUGGCUGAGUUCAUGUUUGAAGAAGAAGAAGAAGAAAUAAAUGAUGAGAACAAGAAGUUUAUUAUUGAGGGGCCUGAAUCGGAAACUCAACCGCCGGCGGCCAAUCAAGGCCGUUUCCGGCCGGAAAGACGGAAAAAGCUGCCGCCGACCCACCGGCAGAAGAAACAGCUCCGAAAUGCAGAUCCGAAAUACAGGCCAAGCAGCCGGGUCGGGUCGGGUAUGCAUGCAGUUUUCCUUGGCGGGUCCGGGUCCUCCGGUACUGGCGUUUUCCUCCCCCGUGCAUCAGGACUCCCAACCGGGAGCAAAGAGAAAUCAGUGUAAAACUGUAUUAUUCUCAUUAUCCAAACAUGUUGAAGCUAUGAGAUAGUUUCAACUUCUCUAAGUGUACAACCUUAGUCAACAUAUUUGUAGUCAUAUAUAUGACACUUUCUUUUAACCUCUAGCAAACAUUAUGGUUCUUUUGAAAAUCUUCUAUGUCUUGUAUUAAAACAUUGUAGAAUAAUCUUUAUCGUUUAAUUGUUUUACAAAGAUCAAAUUUCUCUUCAAGCUUGGUAUGUGUGUGACGUCAUGCAAUUCCCAUUUGUUUCCAUGAUGGAUUUUUUUUUUAUUUAUAUAUAUAUAUAUAUCUUGGGAUUCUCUUUUCUCAUAAUCCUCAACAGUUCAUUAUCCACAAGAUGAACAAUUCCGAAAUAUUUGGAACUUUAGUUUUCUAUGAUCUCUAAAUUACUGCAAGAGUGAAACGAAACCCUAGAAUCCAAAACAAUGACUCUAAAGGAGUGCUUGUGCUCACACUGUUAGCACCCCUUAUAUCUUCUGUUGUUGCAUUGGUUGAAUUGUUAUAUUUUUAUCUUUUUUCGGUGUUCUGCAUUGAUUUCAAUAAUAUUUGGACUCAUAACAAUUCCAACACAUAAUAUGGUUUAAAUCUUUCUUGAGUCUAUUUCAAUUACUCAACUUGAGUCCACUUUGAUUUUUGUUUUUAGAAUUACCUUUAGCUUGACUUUCCAUACUCAGAAUAGAACCUAUAACCUUUUUUGUCCUGUGAAUUUUCUCGCUCAAAAUCAGAUGUCUAACGACAUCGAACUUCAAUUUCUCAUUUCCUAAUGAAACACUAAUUAUUGUGGCAAAGUCUUCCUAACUUUCUGGAAGACUCGAAAACAAGACUAGGAAUUUAACCUCAUCGUCAAAUUCAAUAUUAGCAUAGGCUAAAUCCGAUGUGAUAAUAUUGAAUUCGUUGAUGUGAUCAUAAACGAUAUUAGUCUCUGAUAUCUUAAGGUUGAAGAGUUUCCGCAUCUGAUGAACUUUAUUGGCUACAUAUGGCUUCUGGUACAUAUCUCCCAAGGAUUUGUAUAGAAUCAUUCCAUAGAAAUAAUCUUUAAUGUGCAUCUUCCAAAAUCCGUAGUCGACUCUAUUGAAUUUGUUAAUGAGAAACUUUUCUUACAUCAUUGUGAGGGCUUCCACCCGUGAGGCUCUGAUACUAGUUUUUACGAAAAUAUCACAAUGAUAUGAAAUGAAACAAUAUGAAACUAAAGGGAAUUUGUUUACUCAAUUCAAUCUAAAUUGACUUAUAUUUGGGUCAUUGAAAAGAAAGAAUUUCACUAUACUUUUAAUUAAGAAAUUGAAAAAAAAUACUAAAAUAUAAGAUAUAUAUAUUUAUGUGUAUGAGGUUGAAACCUUAGGCCUAAAUCUUGCAUAUCACAACAAACUUUAAUCUUAUCUUUAUUUCUUAUUGUUUGCUAUUUAAAAAAAUCCUAACUAUAUCCUUAAUCCUAGGUAGUUUGUUAUUAGACUUCACAAUCCAACAAAUAUUGCAAGAACUGACAUUAUUUCAGAGGGAAACAAUUUAAAAAAUGUACAAUAUAUAACACAUAUUAUCUUUGUCACUCAAUUUUUAAUAAUUUUUGUUAUAGUAUAGUUUUAACUAAACGUGACUCUUUUAUUUUAUUUUA